AUGGAAAUUGAGAAAUAUUUGUGUAUAAUUUGAAUAGGAAUUGAAGGAUUAAUUUAUGUGCCAGUCGGAAUUUUACUGCUAUUUAGAUCAGCAAAAGUGCCUAUCAAGAAUAUGAGUCCUUGCCUUGUGCAUUUAUCACAUUGAGGAAACUAUAUAGAAACCAAUCUGUUGCUUUUAGCAAUUUUUUUCAAAGAUAGUUGCAAUAGUGAGACAUAUAAUAGCGCUUGGCAGUAUACUUAUCAGUCAAUUUCUAUUAUUUCGAGAUAUACGCUGUUUUUUAGCUAUGUUUUAAGAGGAUAUCGGGUUUAUUUUAUUUUUCAUUUAGAUAAAAAUCGAGAUGAAAGAGACAGCUAUUUCAGGAAAAAUAAACAAAGAACUCACCAAAAAUGACUAUUAAAAGCGUUAUCUAUCUUGAUGAGUCCAAUCUUUUUGCUCGCAAUCUUCAAUUCUAUUAGUGCAGUACACAAAUAUUUUCCAACAAGUUCUUGUUUUUCUCGAAAUACAGUUUUUGAGCUUUAUACACUAAUGAUAUAUAUUGCUAUAUCAUUUAUAGAAGAACUUAUUUUUGUUAUAAUUGUAUAUGUAUUACGAAACGUAAACGAUGAUUUCAAAAUGCAAAAAGAAUUGACUUUUGUAUGCUUAAUCUGAGUUAUCGCAGGGGUUUUUAAAAUUGAUUCCAUGAAGCGUUAUCAUAUAUUGUAAUUGCCCGAGGAUGGCGCUAUCUUGCGCCAUCCUCGGGCAAUUUAAAAAAUGGCCCCACACCGGGAAUCGAACUCACGUGUGGGGCCAUUUUUGGUGCGUGGAAAUCGAUGUUCUCCACUAACCAAAAAUGGGGUUCAAUUCCCGGUGUGGGGCAAUUACUAUACUUACUUUUACUGACAAUGGGUGAAGAUGAGCGUCUUUAAUUCGAGAUAAUAUUGCGAUGCUUGCUACUUCAUUUUUUCCAUUGAUAAGGACUUACUAUGGAGAAGAUUUCCCAGAAAUUUUGACUAUAGAAAUGCUACAGUCAUUGGACCUAAUUUUAAACUGCAGAGUCACUUUAGAUGCCUUUGAACAAGCUUUAAUGGAUGAUAUUAAUGAUGAUAAAGGGCCUGAAUAUAUACAUCUGUGGCUUAAAUGCGAGUGCUACAAGCAUGAUCCAGAUAUGGAUAUAGAAAAAGAUAUAAAAAUGCAAGCUAUGAAAUUGGAAAUACCAGAAACUGAUUAUAUUUUAGUAAUUCAAGCUCACACUUACAGUAUUUUGCAAAAUCAUUAUUAUCCUAAAUUUAGAAAUUCAGCGACAUUUAGGUACUUGGAAAGUGAUAUUGCAAGGCAACAAAUAUAUCAGCAUAGAAUUAUGGCAGCAAAUAGAAACACUAGUAGCAGAAGAAUUGAAAGUGAGCUAAAGGAAACUGUUAGCCAAAUUGGUGAAGAAAAAUAG